CAUUUCCAAGUUGAGUUAGGCAAUAUUUGUCACGGAGCAGAAUAAAAACAGAGAACUCACACUGUUUCUUGUUCUGUUCUGUUCUGUUCUACUCUCUCUCUCUGCUUAUCUUUUUCUAGAGAGAGAGAGAGUUUUUUUCUCUCUUUCUCUUCUCUUCUUCAAUGGCAUCCAAGAGUCAUAUCAACACGGAUACCGAGAAGGCUGCAAACGGAGCACCACCACCACCACCCUCCGAUGAACGGUGCCCGGUGGAGGAGGUUGCUCUGGUGGUACCGGAAACCGACGACCCUUCACUCCCGGUCAUGACUUUCCGGGCGUGGUUCCUGGGUAUAACCUCCUGCAUCAUCCUCAUCUUCCUCAACACUUUCUUCACCUACCGUACUCAGCCUCUCACCAUCUCCGCCAUUCUCAUGCAAAUUGCUGUUCUCCCCAUCGGGAGGUUCAUGGCCGCCACUCUCCCCACCGGUGACUACAAUCUUCUCGGGUGGCGAUUUUCCUUGAACCCUGGGCCUUUUAACAUGAAGGAGCAUGUUAUCAUCACCAUUAUUGCAAACUGCGGUGUUUCCUAUGGAGGAGGUGAUGCUUACUCCAUUGGUGCUAUUACUGUUAUGAAAGCUUAUUAUAAGCAGACCCUGAGCUUUGUCUGUGCGCUCUUCAUUGUAUUGACUACACAGAUGAUAGGGUAUGGUUGGGCUGGGGUUCUGAGGAGGUAUCUGGUUGAUCCUGUUGAAAUGUGGUGGCCAGCAAACCUUGCUCAAGUCUCUCUUUUCAGGGCACUCCAUGAAAAAGAGCACAAAACAAAAAGUUUCACAAGGAUGCAGUUUUUCCUCAUUGCCAUGGGUCUAAGCUUCUUGUAUUAUGCACUUCCAGGCUAUCUUCUUACAAUAUUAUCAUUCUUCUCAUGGAUCUGCUGGGCAUGGCCCCAUAAUAUCACAGCACAGCAAAUUGGAUCAGGUUACCAUGGAUUAGGGAUUGGUGCCUUCACAUUUGAUUGGGCUGGUAUUUCAGCUUAUCAUGGCAGCCCCCUUGUUACACCAUGGUCUUCCAUUGUUAACGUGGCAGUUGGAUUUAUUAUGUUCAUCUACAUAAUUGUGCCUGUAUGUUACUGGAAGUUCAACACUUUUGAUGCUCGGAAGUUUCCUAUAUUUUCUAACCAGUUGUUCACAACCACUGGACAAAAGUAUGACACUACCAAGAUCUUAACCCCAGACUAUGAACUCAAUGUCGAUGCGUACAACCAAUACGGAAAGUUGUACCUGAGUCCUCUGUUUGCAUUGUCUAUUGGAUCAGGCUUUGCAAGAUUUACUGCAACCCUCACUCAUGUAGCAUUGUUUCACGGCAGUGACAUUCUUAGACAGAGCAGAUCAGCAAUGAAUAAGGCAAAAUUGGAUGUCCAUGGUAGGCUCAUGAAAGCUUAUAAGCAAGUACCUGAAUGGUGGUUCCUCAUUUUAUUAUUUGGGAGCAUGGCACUAUCCCUGGUUAUGUCUUUUGUGUGGAAAAGGGAUGUUCAACUGCCAUGGUGGGGGAUGCUCUUUGCUUUUGCCUUAGCUUUUAUUGUGACACUCCCAAUUGGUGUAAUCCAAGCAACUACAAACCAGCAACCUGGAUACGAUAUUAUAGCUCAGUUCAUGAUUGGGUAUGUCCUUCCUGGAAAACCAAUUGCAAAUUUGCUCUUCAAGAUUUAUGGGAGAAUCAGUACAGUCCAUGCUCUCUCUUUCUUAUCAGAUCUCAAACUUGGGCACUACAUGAAAAUUCCUCCACGAUGCAUGUAUACCGCGCAGCUAGUGGGAACUCUAGUUGCUAGUAUAGUGAACCUUGCGGUGGCUUGGUGGAUGUUGGACAACAUUAAGGACAUUUGUAUGGAUGACAAAGCUCAUCAUGACAACCCUUGGACUUGCCCCAAAUUUAGAGUGACCUUUGAUGCAUCUGUUAUAUGGGGAUUGAUUGGACCGAGGCGGCUAUUCGGACCCGGCGGGCUGUACCGGAACCUGGUUUGGUUGUUCCUCAUUGGAGCUGUGUUGCCUGUUCCUGUUUGGGUAUUGAGCAAAAUCUUCCCUGAGAAGAAAUGGAUUGCACUGAUAAACAUACCAGUUAUAUCUUAUGGUUUUGCUGGAAUGCCACCAGCAACUCCCAGCAACAUUGCAAGCUGGCUAGUCACUGGAAUGAUCUUCAAUUUCUUUGUGUUCCGCUACCACAAACGUUGGUGGCAGAAAUACAAUUAUGUUCUGUCGGCGGCGCUGGAUGCAGGCACUGCUUUCAUGGGUGUUCUAAUUUUCUUUGCCCUGCAAAAUGCAGGCCAUAGUCUCAAAUGGUGGGGAUCUGAAAUGGACCAUUGUCCAUUGGCUUCUUGCCCAACUGCACCAGGGAUUAAGGUUGAUGGUUGUCCAGUGUUCUAAUAGUAUUAGAAAAUCCUAAAGGGUUUAGCUUUCCUUUUUCUGUUUUUGGGUGGGAAUCAAGUUAGGCAUGAAGUAUAUGUGAAGUGAAGGGGACAAAUAACUAAUUGCUUAGCAAUUCUGUAAAUGCUUUCUUGUCAUUGUGGAGUGUGUUCCUUUUUCA